UGCUCAGUAGGCCUAUCUAUCCAUCUAUUUCCUUCUUACAAAUAAAUCAUUAAAGAAUCGUUCAAUAUAACACAACCCCGGCAACCUCCGAAAACAGCCCAUCAAUCGAUAAUUACACGUCAGAGCAAUGCGCGUCAGGGUAGCAACAACCCGAGACCUGCACCGUCUCACGGAGAUCACGACGACUUCACUGAUCGAUGAUCCGACCUACGACUAUCUCAGCCCCAAUCGUCUAGAGUAUCCCGAAGACAACUCAACAUGGAUGCGAUUGAAGCUCGAGAAGCAUCUUUAUGACAGACGUUCAACAUUCUUGGUUGUGGAGCUUGAUGGAAGUGAGGUUGAAGGCAAUACUAGCUUGUUGAAGAGUAGGGGUCCGGUUUCCACCAUCAUUUCUUACGGGAUCUGGGUAAGAUUGGGUGAUAAUGCGGCUGCAAAGGAGACAUUCCGGAAGAAGAACACGUGGUUAAAUGCUCUCGAUUCCUUGGCAGCGCAGGCCUCCCGAUGGUCUAUAAGCCAGAAAUACCCCCGUCGCGAUGCAUCCCAACCUCGCCUAUCUGCUACAGAUGCCGCAACAAAAGAGGUUACAAAAAAAUACUUCUCGGAUUCCCCCGACUGGUGGUCUCUCGAGCUUUUAGUAACGGAUCGGGACUUCCGCCGCCGAGGAGCAGCAACCAAGGUUCUCACAUGGGGGACGGAUCAAGCUGAUGUUGAGGAUGUGUUUUGCGGUAUUGAGGCUUCCCCGAUGGGUUCGAAGCUAUAUGCGGCCAAUGGGUUCGAGAAGUUAGACACCUGGGUUGUGCAGGUUCACGGAGAGGAAGAGAAACUUGUUUUUGAUAUUAUGAAACGAAAAAGAAAGGGAGCUUAG